UCCAGUUCAGCAGUCAGAAGGCCAGCUAAUUUCCCCUUGGGGUGCAUACAGCCCCCAAAGUGCCUUGUGGCCCAGCAAAGUCUCAGCUAGGGAAAUAUGCCAGCAGCAUCCCAUCCUUUCCUGAACAGAGAACGGGCUGGCUGCAUCCUGGCUAACAAAGUGCUUGCAGAAGGAGGUUGCCCUGGCCACUGGCACGGCCCUCCUUCAGGAUCUUGUGCUCCAGAUCAGUGUUGUGCUCCCCAAAGCAUGCUGGCCCAAUGGCUGCGCAAGCUGCAGCAGGCCUCCUUUGUGCCGAGGGCUCCUUUUGUGCAAGAGGACGGAAGCAACAGCACCCUUCCCCAGGUGCCUCUUCUGUCGUGCAGCUGUGCCACCCUUUGGCAGUCGCACAGUUUGGUGGUGCAUUGUCAGUCACAGCCAGGACAUCAGCCAGCAUCUCGGUGAGGUGUUUCCUGUGCUCUGUUGUUGCUCUCGCUUGAGUGCAGGAUCAAGCCCUUUCAUGCAGAGAUUGAUUCCUUCAUGAAGCAUUAUAUUUGAGGAGCAGAGAGCAACUAGGUAGCGACUACAUCAGCAAAACAACUUGAAAAACACAUGCAGGACGUUUCAGGUGGAAAGGUUACAGGUGAGGUGCUCCUCGUUUUCCAGGCCAGAAUGAAAAGGGAAGGUUGGGGUUUUGUGUUUAAUUCUGCUAUCCGUGACCCCAGGGGCUAGAGCCCUUGCUCAAAGGAGCCCCCUGGAUGAGGCUCAAGGCGGGUGGGAGGAGGAGCCCUACCCGCCAUGCUGCGCCGGGGUCAAGACUCGAGAGCACUGGCAGAGUGGCACCCCCGGGCCCACGCGGGGAAAUGUGGCACCGAUGAGCGGCACAUGCUGUCCUCCUCCCCGCCUCGCUCUGGCAACAAGUCAUGGAGUGUGUCCCAAGUCUGCAAGAUUCAGCUCCAGGCAAUCCUCGUGAUGGAACAUUUGCUGUCAAGCUGUUAGGGUGGAGUUUACCACCUGGCUUCUUCAGCAGCAAUGAGAUUUCCAAAUUUGUUGCAUAGACUUGGCAGCUGUUGCUUUUCUACACUUUAACUGGGCCUUCUAGGAUGGCAUGUGAACACACCCAUGUUACUGGCAUGUCAUGGGAUUGCUAAAUUCUAGGCUAACUGAUGCCUCGGAGCCAACGAAUGGCGGAAACAGUGAAACUUAUGCGAGGAUUGAACUGCAAAGGGCUGAAGGUGCCUACAGUCACUGGCCAUCUCUGCUGGCUUCCCACAUGUGGACAGGCUUGCCUUCUGCUCCGGAGGAGCAGUGCUGCUUCCUGUUGGAGCUGGACUCUGCCCCAGCUGCGUGCACACAAGCAAAUCUUGGCACCCUCUGCGAGCCAGGGAGGCGCCCGAGGGGCUGGCCUGAUCAGAAGCCACUGUGGGGAAGGUGACACCUGCAGCACACAGAGCUAGGCUGCCAGUGCCUGCCAUGGAGGUGCUUGCGCUGCUGGCCCAGCCCUGCUGGUUUGUCUCUUCCCUGGUCCUGGCCAUGGCGCUCUGCUGGCUGAGGAGAAGGCAGGCCUGGGAGCCCCGCACCUGCCGGGUGGACCUGAGUGGCAAGACAGCGGUGGUCACUGGAGCCAGCAGUGGGAUCGGCAAGUGUGUGGCCCUGGACUUGGCCAGCAGGAACGCCCGCACCCUCUUGGCCUGUCGCAGCAGAGAGCGAGGACAGGCUGCACUCGAGGAGAUCCGCAGGGCCACCGGGAACGCCAAUGUGCACCUGCGCAUUGUGGACACCAGCUCCAUGGCAUCGGUGCGUGAUUUUGCCAGGCAGCUUCUCGAGGAGGAGAGACGGCUGGACAUCCUGGUCAAUAAUGCGGGAGCCACAGGCUUGCCGCACAGAGUCACCCCAGAAGGCCUGGAACUGCUCUUUGCCACCAACUUCUUGGGCCCCUUCCUUCUCACCAACCUGUUGCUGGAUCUCAUGAAGGCCUCUGCCCCUGCUCGCAUUGUGAACGUCUCCUCCUUCCGGCACCGUGUUGGGGAAGUGAACAUCAAGCUCUUGACUGGGGAGGAGCAGACAAACUUUGACCAGGCCUACUCUAGCACCAAGCUCAUGAACAUGACCUUCACCGUGGAGCUGGCCCGGAGGCUGCAGGGAACAGGCGUGUCCGUCAUGGCUUCCAAUCCAGGCAUCGUUAGGACGGGGAUCAUGCGCCACUUCAGCUGGUGGGUCCGCCUGCUCUUCGCCCUCUGCGGCCCCUUCCUGAAGACGCCGAGGCAGGGCGCGGCCAGCACACUCUACUGCGCAGUCUCCCAGGAGGCCCACGGCAUCACCGGCAAGUACGUUGACAGCGACUGCAGCCUCAGGCCGCCUGCAGCCUCAGCACAGGAUCCGGCCCUUGGCCGCCAACUCUGGGAUGCCUCCGCGCAGCUGACGGGCCUUGGUGAUGGUGGAAGGGAUUGGUGAGACAGGCCCCCCCCGCCCCGGCUCUUCCUCCCAGCCGUCCUCUCAGUGCCAAGGGCUCAGCAGGUCGCUCCUCUGCUGCUACCACCAGCCCUCCGGCUUUGCCGUCUCCCUCCAGGCUUCUGGGAGGGUCUGGCCAGCGCUGCCACCUGGGUAGCCCAGCAGCUGUCCAAGAGGGUCUCCCGCCAGGCUCCCCUGCCGGGGGAGGCAAUUCCUUCCCUUGGUGUCCCCAAGGGCUGGGUUUGGGCUCCUCACGUGUUCCAGGAGGAGCACCUGCCUUGCUGAGACCCACAGUGCUAUGGGUCUGGAAGGGACAGCUGGCUUCCCCCCAACACCCACCCAUGGAUGAUCUCAAUGCUGCAUGCAAAGAGAUGCGAAGGGCCGGGGAAGGGACUGCCCGCUAAGAUGCAGCCACAGCCCUGGACUCCUGGGUGUUGGCUGCUCUCUGCUUGUGAUGGGCGUCUUGGCCAAAUAAAGAAAGCUUGGACUGCCGUUAUGUGUGUGUGUGUGGGGGGGCGCAGCGGGGGGGGGGAGGACUGCAGAGACAUUUUAGGGCUUCAUGGCAGGGUAGAGUCCAGAUCUGGGUUCAAAGAACAAAGCUUUGCUUACAAGGGGGGAAACCCCUACAGCACAGGGGCCAAACAAGCCCUUGCAGAGUUCAGAGCGGCUGGCUGCUUUCCAACAGCAGUCCCAGACCAGCCAGGCUGGGGCUGCCCCACGGAGGAAGCGGCUGCUGAACUCUGCUGUGUUUUGCUGCUGUCAAUCUACACACACACCCCCGCAUGGUGCUGUUGGUUUCGGGGUGGGGUGGCCUUGGGCUCCCUGAAUGUCACAGGGAGUGUUCCAGGAGAAGGGAAAGGCCGGCUUCUUCCAGCACACAGAGGCGGUGCUCCUCAUGUCUGCCUCCCGCCACUGGGGCCGCUGGUCUCCCGUCCUCUGGCGGCUUGCCCUGGCCUUGCUGCACAGAACUGGCCUCACCCUCUUCCUGCAGCCCCCCCCCUUUGCUGAGAGUUGGCCGGCUCCUGGUGGGGGGGGCACCCCUGUGGUUCUUCCUCACGGGCAGCCCCCCCAGCCCCCAGGUGCAAGCAGGGGCAUUUCACCGGCACCCCCACCCCUGCCUACAACAGUGCUCCAGACCAGCCACCCCACGGCGUUGUUUUGUGUUCUAAAAGGCAGUCGGGCAAGAGCAUGUGGAUUGCCAGCUGCAGUUUGUCCAGACCAACAGCUGCGGGAGACUUCAGCGGAGGAGGCGGCUCAUCCGAAGGAGGCACAGGUGCCUCUGGCUCCCCCCGCCCCACCACACAUGCUUGCCUCUCCCAUCCUGCCCCAUUCAUCGUUGGGUGGCUCCACAAACACAUUCAUGGGGGGGGGCAGGAAACAGAUGCAGCCAGGUGGUCGGGAGCCAGACCCACCCGUGCCUCGUCUGGCCACUGAUCACCAAUUCUUUCAUCCAGGCCUACAAAUAAGUGUAUGAAAGUGUGUAUCAAGGCAUAAUUCAGGAACGUCUGGUUCAUAUCCCUAAUGGAGUAUAGAGCCAGCAGGUUGCUCAGAGUUGAGAAGCCUCUUGGUAACAGAGGCCAAAGUCAAGAGCGGGAGGCCCCCUCUCAAGAACGUGGGUUGAGAAGCCCCCCAGAGACAGCAGGUGCCAGGAGCGGUCAAACACCGGCCAUUAGCUGAACUCCUCAGUCAGCAGAAAGAGGGUCUUGCUGGUACGAAGAGAUCCUACAGGGAUUAAAGUUGUCAUAAAAGCCAGGUAGUAACUCAUCUUCUCAGGCUCUAGGUGGCACCUCUGGAAUAUGUAAGUUUAAUAACUAAUACCGUGUAUUAAUCGCUUUGUUGAUGUGCUUGUAUGUUUGAGACCUAUAAAAAUGAGCCACCUGUAUGGCUCGGGCGUGCAGUAUCAGCCAGAUGCUCUCUGAUGGUACUCGUGCCUUUCAUGACAUGAAAUAAAAGCUUUUUUGAGCAACGCA